AUGAUCGAGAACGAAAUCCGGAGGUCAAAUGUGGCUAUCCUUGUGCUUGAUUGCCUGUCGCCUUCGUUGGAAGAUUCCGUUUCGCGCGUGCGAGAAUAUUGGAUGCCUCUUAUUGGCCGCACAAAUGGGCAGGCCGACGCGAUAGCCCACUCCAAAUCCGCACUGGAUGAACGUCUGGUUUCUUUGAUUGCAGAUUUCCAGCCAACGAUUGAGAGCAUCGUGGAAUCCUCUGCACGCACGCUGAUGAAUGUGACCGAGCUUUUCUCUUUUGCCGUACGAGCUGUUCUCUAUCCCAGGCUUGCCUUGAUGGAUUACAAAUCCGAGAUGUGCUGUUUUGGCGUGCCGCUCCAUUCCCAAGAAAUUGAAGAGCUGAAGGCUACGCUUCGGUCUCAAGAUGAUCCUCGCGGACUUAUCGAUGCCUCUGGCGGCAUUUCGCUUCAAGGUUGUCAAGCGCCCGUCGCUAACAAAGAUAGGCUUCCUUGCCCUGCAGCGGGUAUUCAUCAUCCAGGGCCCCUUGGCGAUAUUCCAGAAGGCUCGUCCUGUGAGCUCACCCCGGCUGGGUAUCAUUUUAUCUUGUCGCUGUUCAAUCGCCAUUCACGCAACAAUGACGGCUCCAUCACCUGGAAUGACUUGGAGUCUUUGUUUUCUCUCGUUCCAAAUGGAAAUCCGUGGAUCGGCACUGGAUUUCCUCACGGCACAAGCAUAAAUGAAAAGGGCGAACUGGCACUCCACGGAUAUUUGACGCAGUGGUCAUUUGUCGAUCGACAGAUUGUGGAGGGCGAGCUUUGUCCGGAAAUCCAAUUUGGCCUCGGUCCGUGGGCCACGUUUGAAGCCGUGAACACGGUUGAGUAUGGCCCAGAGGUGCGAAACUUUGUGCUCGAGGAAAUGCCGUGGGAGGACACACAGCGCAUUCUGAUGGAUCGCUCCUACUUGCAAAACUGCGAUGCAAUCAUCGGUAUUUACGAUUCGUCCGAUGCACUUUCCUUUGCGCAGCUGGCAAACCUAUUUCGGGCAUGCUCGCGAUCUGGAAUCCCCAUCAAGGGCCGUCUUUCGUCCUCUGCCUAUUCAUCCUCCAUCACCAUCGACGAAAUCCCUGUGGUCAUCAUUGCCAAUAAGAGCGAUCUGGCAUUUCAAAAACAGGUUUUUCGCAGCCCCUAA